AUGGGAGGAGACGGAGGAACCUGCUGCAAGGCGCGCUCGAUUAUGACCAAAACAAAAAAGGAGAAAAAGAAACAAGACCGAGAAUACGAAGUGAACGCAAAGUGGACGUUCUGCUCCAUUUCCGGCAAGUCGCUGACCAAGCCAAUCGUCAGUUGUCAACUGGGCAAGCUCUAUAACAAAGAUGCAAUAAUAGAGUUUCUACUUGAUCGUGCUAAACAACCUCCCGAGACCCAGCGUCGUCUCAAGCACAUCAAAGGACUAAAAGAUGUUGUAGAAUUGAAGCUGACGGCGAAUCCAAGCCACCGAACCGAUGCUCAUGGAACGCAGCACGGUGCCAAGUACCACUGCCCGAUCUCGACUCUUGAAAUGAACGGCCGCCACAAAUUCGGCUACAUUCUCAGCACUGGAAACGUAAUCUCCGACCGGGCGAUUCAGCAACUCAAAGAAGACAACAUGAUUAUCGAUCCAUCGAAUGAGCAGAAGUACCCGCUUGAUGACAUCAUUUACAUUAAUUUGGAAGAAGAAAUCGAUAUUGAAAAACAGCUGAAUAGAAUGAAGGCUAGAAAAGAAGCCAAAAAAGCUUCAAAGGCCAAUAAACGGCAGAAAGCAGAGGGCGAAGAGGAAGCCCCAAAGAAGAAAAAGAAGUCGAUCAUUGUCCCUCAACGUCUGGAAAAGUCAACGAUCAACUCCAGGCUCAAUACAAUAACACGAACUUCGAUCAAAGACGGAGCAGAAUCCGUCAAAAAUCAAAAGCAAAAGUCUGAAGUUCUCUCCGCUCUUUUUACCUCGCACGAUUCUUUCAUUGGCGAUCUUACUGCGGAGGCACUGGCUGGAAGAACGGCGAAUAUGGCCACCGCGGCCAUCCAAAAAAUCAAAAAUGGCGUGCGAUCUAACGAAGCUCGAGAAACUCAGAAGAAUCUGAAAUACGCGCGCUACAAAGCCGGUGGUUUAAACAACUGA